UGAAACUGGCCCAUGCUUAUCAUGUGCCCUUCUUUCAUUUCCAUUCUUCAAAAUUUUCCCCUUCUCUCUCUAAAAAAAAAAAUCACAACUCAACGUUCUCUCUCUUAAAAAAAAUACAACUAUGAAGCUAGAAGAAUGCGAUUAUUGCAGCAAAAACGCCGCCGUUUUAUUCUGCGAAGCAGAUUCCGCCAAUCUCUGCUUACUUUGCGACAGAGAAAUCCACUCCGCAAAUUCCCUUUCCCUUAAACAUCUCAGAAUACCCGGGUUCGGAACACCCGACCCGAAUUCCGAACCAAAAUCCGCCAUUGAUGGACUUCCAACAGCUAUUGAGCUUGCACCCAUUUGGGGUAUUAGCGAUUUAGUUGUUCCUUGUCUGGGCGAUGAAGAAAAGGAUGCCGUUGUUAAACAAUUGAUGACUUUGAGUAAGUGGGAUUUGGAGGAAAGAGAAAAUAAUAGUUCGGAGUUUGGUCCGGAUACUCCGAGCCUAGAAACGGGUGAUGGGUCGGAUAUGUUAAUGCAUAAUAUGCCCUUUACUUCUUUGUUGAUGAAAGAAGGUGAACGAACUUUUGCUGAAGAUAGAGAUUUUUUGUGGGAUUUUGAGCCUGAUUAUCAACCUCCUCAGGACUGGGAUGGUCAAUGGGGAGGACCAAUGGAUUUUGAAGAACCUUCAUGCACGUCAACUGGGGUACCAGAAGAUAUGUCUGAAAUGCAAUGCUCAAGAAAUCUCGAAGGUUCUCAGUCAACUGGAGUACCAGAAGAUGUGUCGGAGAUGGCAGAGAUGCAAAGCUCAAGAAAUCUUAAAGGCUCUCAAUCAAGAGAUGAUGGCACAAAUCAGAUGAUGGACAGUGAAGUUUACUUAACAGUAGAUAACUGCAGUGUACCAGUUGUUGGAGCAUCUUCUGAUGCUAAAGUAAUUAAACCUGAGAUGAUUGAUGGGGAGCACAAUAUGCAGUUCAUGGAGUGGCCUUACUGGAGGAAACCGAUGAAUACAGCUGAUGUGGAACAGCUUGCAGAGAAUCGAGGGAAAGCUAUGCUACGCUACAAGGAAAAGAAGAAAUCGCGAAGAUAUGACAAACACAUUCGAUACGAAUCAAGGAAGGCUAGAGCUGAUAAUCGACAACGAGUGAAGGGUCGAUUUGUCAAGGCGAAUGAGUCACCUGAAAUAUGAACUGGCAGCUGAUUGCCCUCGUUACUCUCUUCUUCGUGUAACUGUGUAUGCGGUCAUUUGGUUGGACAUAGGAAGUCACGCUGUCCCGGAAUUUAUAAUUCCUAGGAAGUAUGGAAUAUUGUUUGGAUGAUUACAGGAAGCUCCAUUUACCCGGGAAGACUUAGCAGUAACUUUCCUAUGUGGAAAAUUGAACUUCCUGUAUUUUUGUCAACCAAACAUCUCCCAGUUUUCUACUUCCCAUGACUUCCUAUGUAAAUUUGUCUCAACUGAAUGACCGCCGUAACUAUGCUGACUUAGUAUGUAUAUAUUUAUAUUCAUGUAAACCAGCUUUCCUGUCGACAAUAGAUGUCUGACUGAAGUAUUAUAUUCCCCCUAUUUUCUGUGAGAAGGAUAGAUUCAUCUCUAAUUUUUUUUACUAACGCGGUUAUUGGAGGACUGUUUUGGGAAUAUGAAUGAGAAUGGCAUAUCUUAAAUUCCUGGUCCAUUGUUGGUCUGAA